AUGGCGUCGCCCUUCUCACGCACGAUCCUCCUCCCCCGCCUACUCGCCCGACGAGCAAUACCCACCCCCCCAGGCACAAGACCCCUAACUUCAACCCCCACACGAUCAUACGACCACCAAAUCCUCAUAUCCAAAACCCCGCCUCCGGAGCCGGCAGACAGCGAUCCGAACGACAUCGAGGAGAAAGACUGGGAAGGCGACGACUUCACCUCCAGCGGACACUCGGAGCUCCUCCGCCACCGCGAAGCGCGAUCCUACGCCCGCCUGGCAAUGUACGAGAUGCCGCUCCUGUCGAAGCUCUCGAAGCCAUUCCGCCCCCCGUCGCGCUCGGAGGUGCUGCGCUUCCGGUACACCACAUACCUCGGCGAGACCCAUCCCGCCGAGAAGAAGGUGGUUGUGGAGUUCGCACCCAGGGAUCUGGCGGACCUGACCGGGGCGCAGAGGGGGAAGCUGAUCAAGUUGGUUGGGGCCAGGUUUGAUCCUGGGAGUGGGAUCGUCAAGAUUUCUUGCGAGAUGUUUGAACUGCAGGCGCAGAAUAAGCGGUAUCUGAGCGAUUUGGUGGAUAGGUUGAUUUUGGAGGCUAAAGUUGUCCUUUCUUUCUUUCUUUCUUUUUCUCCCUUUUGGGAUAGGGGGGCUAAUGAUGGUUUUUUUUUGGGGGGGGGGAUAUAGGAUGAGAGUGAUGACUUUGGUGAUAUUCCGUUUGAUUUCAGGCAUUACACGGCCAAGUUGAAGAGGCCCAAGGCGCGGUUUCCCAAAGCUUGGAGAAUGAAUGAGGAGAGGAUGGCUAGGAUCAAGGAGGAGAGGGCGGCGUUUGCAAAGCUGUUCGAAAGGGGGGGUAUCACUGUUUAGUCGGAAUUUCCCCUCUCACUCACUCACUUGCUUUCUUCCUGGAACUUUGGCUCGGGGGUGUGGGUCUGUAGUAUAAGUAUGGGCGCUUUCAUGGUAUCAUAUAAAUGGGGCUCUCUUUCUUUUUCUUUUUCUUUCCUUUUCCUUUUCUUUUCUUUUUCUCUUGUCUUUUUCUUUUCAAUUUUUCUUUCCUUGAUUUUUACAUGCGACAUUAUGAUUUCCCGGAAAUCUCGGAGUUUUGGCACAUAUAGUUUAGAUGGUACACAGCAUUAUGGGACGGACGGGAACGCGGGAACAGACAAGAUGCAAGAUGAGGCAGAGUGAUGGAGACGCCGGAUGAUUACUUUAUACUGUGCAUGGGAAAGCCAACUGUCCACACUACCGCCGGUGUAUGAAACAAUUGUACGAAUGGAAAACUCCCACCAAAAAAGUUAACGCUUGACCCAGGUAGGCAUUUUCCUUGCCUUUAGGUGACCCGGCUUCUUCCUCUCGACCUGUCUGUGAUCGACAGUAACGCACCCAGCUAUUCCCCGAUGAGAAAGAAAGAAAGAAAGAAAAGUCAGCAACUCUCCAAAAUAAAUAAGCGAAUAAUAGCCCUCACCCUCCCUAAGCGCAUGUUUCAAGGCAGGCUCAUGUAUCCUCAGCGCCCUGGCAAUCGCCAAAGUGCAGGCCUCGGCCUGUCCAGUCUUACCCCCACCCUUAACCACCGCAAAAACAUUAUACUUGUCCACCCGAUUCGUAACGAUCAACGGCCAAAGCACACUCUCCCGAUCAUGCAUGCGCGAGAACUUUUUGAUUAUGGGCAAGCCAUUGACGAGUGCCUGCCCCUCCCCCUCCACAAGGAAGACCCUAGCGAUAGCGGUCUUCCUCCGACCGAUAGCGUAGGCUCUUCCGAAAUUGUCCACCGUGCGCUCCACUCUCCUCUUCAGCUCCGGGUUCUCAGGUCGCGUGUAUAGGGCCAGGGCGGCCUUCGUCUCGGCUGGCAUGAUGGCUGGGUCGAUGCGGUUUAAGCGGUCGAGGAUGCGGAUCACCUUGUUGUAGCGUGACGGCUUCACCCUGUCGCCGAUUAUGAGACGGUACUCGUCCAUCGUCUUCCAUUGCACCUCCGGCGCUUCGUCCCCGUGGAUCGUUGGCAGGGCUUCGUGGCUGCGCAGUAGGUCUUGCAGUGCUAGGAGAUUGUCAUAGUACUCUGGGCUGCCUGUGUAGUAGGAUGGCGAGAGCGGGGUCAGUCGGGUACGCGGCGCGACCUCUGGGAGGGGUUGGGAGAAGCUGGUCAUUAGGGUCGUGCUGGCGGGGGCGGUGGUUAAGGGGCGAGGGCGGUGGGGGUGGAAUGGUUUCCUGGGUAGAUGAGAUGUCAAUUGAGGCGUGAGUCGGUAGGUCUCGGUUAGUGUCCGGUGACAGCGCUGCAAGAAAGUGCCUGUGGCAGCCAUCGCUGCGGUGGUGAGUGAGGGGAGAUGAGAUGGGGUUGAUGUGUGUCAAUUGAUAUCCGAAUACUUGGGGUCCCACCGUCAAAGAUUUGAAGUUUAAAGGUCUUGGCGACUGCACGCGGCCGGCCUG